AUGAGUUCCUUCUUCUCUUUCAUUCUUCCAGUCCUCUUCCUCUCCUCCCUGAUCUCGACCCAGCCCGCAAACGGCCAGAAUUUAAUCAACGAAACGUGCAAAACAUUAGCUCGUGAUGAUCCAAACAUCAGCUAUAACUUCUGCACAACUUCCCUACAGGCAGCACCAGCCAGCCAGUGUGCAAGUUUACAUGGCCUCGGGAUGAUCUCGAUCAGACUCGUACGUUACAACGUUACAGAUACGCGUUGUUACAUCAAAGACCUGAUGAAAAACAGGAAAUGGGAUCCUUAUGCAAAACAAUGUUUGAAGGAUUGCUUUGAACUUUUCUCUGAUGCAAUCUCUUCUGUGCAGCAGGCAAUGAAAUAUUACAACUCGAAACGUUACGAUGAUGCUAAUGUGCAUUUAAGUUCAGUAAUGGAUGCUGCUACGACUUGUGAAGAUGGGUUUAAUGAGAGAAGAGGAUUAGUUUCUCAAUUGACAAAGAGAAAUCGUAAUACUUUUCAACUCUCUGCUGUGGCACUCUCUGUUAUGAGUGAGAUUCAGAAAGGAUCAGAUGUCUGA